AUGUCCGUGCCAAAUUCAAUAGAAAACAGUCCUCCAUCGCCCACGACAACUUUACAUAAUGCUAUACGUGAAAUAAAGAUCUUAAAGAGUACUAUUAAAGAACAGGAUCAAUUUAUAAAUCGAUUGAAAAAUGAAUUAGAACGAGCAAAAACAGCCACCACUGAUCAAAUAAAUAUUAACAAGAGCCAGGCGCGCCGUAUUGCUCUUUUGGAGACCGAGUUAGAAAAAGUGAAACGGUCGUUGGAAGAUGUGAAUGAAGGGUUUCAAUUGUUGCUACAUGAGAAAACAAUGAAAGGAGACUUUAUGCUAAAUCCAAUCAUGCAGCAUCACGAAGCAAAUAAUAAUUCACGUCAGAAAUUAAUUGAUAAUCUCAAAGAAUCACCCACAAACGACGAUAGUACCACCAAUAGAAAUGGCGCGUCAAUAAAACCCGAGAAAAAGUCGCGUCCAAAAUCACCUGCCACAGAUUUGGCUGCUGAACUUGAGCGUGCGCCAGCCGGAAACGUCAAUAAUACGCCAUUUGGUAAACGAGUGGAGAAAGAAAACGAUCAAAUAGUCGAUGUCGAGACAUUGUUAGAAGAAAAUAAGAGUCUAAAGGACUCAUAUAAUACAAUAAAGAACUAUCUUCAAAAAAUUCUUAAUCGCAUUAUGGAAGAGGAAGGAUUCGAACAAGUCAUCUCUGCAGACUGGACAAAAAGAGCACCAUCAAAUUCCUCACAAGCUGCAACCAUAUUCUCUAAUCCACACACGCUAUCAAAGCCUCUUAACACGAAAAAGCUUGAACAUCGAAAAACCUUAUCAGGCCCUUUUCGAUUACCUGCCACUGAACAACAGCAGCCGAUACGACGAACACCACGACAAAAUUCUUCGUCAGACGCUGCUCCGCGUAAACGAUGGAGCUUGUGGUGGAAUAAUAAUGGAAAACAGCAAACAGAGAUAAAGAAGGAAGAUCCGUAUAUGAGACCAAUGAUUCUUGUUCAGGAGACAGAAAAAGCUAAAGAAUGA